AUGGGCUUUCACCUGGCUGUUGUCAAAACCAAGGUAGAAAGUGCAGGCUCCACAGCUGCACAGGCUGCAACACCAAGGAGCCUGGCUGAUGGUAGUGACUGGUUCUACAAACCCUUACCGCCCUGCAAGAUGGGCCUGAGCCUGGGCACGGGGGUGGUGCCUCACCCUGGUUGGACCUUGGAAAGUGAGGCCCUGACACGAGACGUGGGCACCUGGCUUCUGAUCUACACCUGUGUGUGCUCCUGCAUCUGCUGGGGAAUCUCUGUCCCAGAGCAGGGAGGAGGGCCAAGGAUGGGAACUUUCACUUGCCUCACCAAUGGCAUCCUCAGAAUUGACUGUCAAUGGUCUGCCCUGGAGGUGGACCAGGGCUCUGGCUCCUGGCUCCUCUUUACCAGCAACCAGGCACCUGGCAGCCAGCACAGGUGCAUCUUCCAGGCCAGCAUGUGCACCGUGGUGCUGCCCCCCGAGGAGGUGAUCCUGCCAACUGACAACUUCACUAUCACUUUGCACCACUGCAUCUCUGGGGAGGAGCAGAUCAGCCUGGUGGACCCUCAGUAUCUGCCGUGGAGACAUGUUAAGCUGGACCCUCCAUCUGACUUGCAGAGCAACAUCAGCUCUGGCUACUGUGUACUGACCUGGAGCUUGAGUCCUGCCCUGGAGCCGAUGAGCUCACUUCUCAGCUAUGAGCUGGCCUUCAAAAGGCAGGAAGAGGCCUGGGAGCGAGCCCUGCACAAGGACCGCAUUGUUGGAGUGACCUGGAUCAUCCUUGAAGCCAUGGAGCUGUACCCAGGCUCCUACUACGAGGCCAGGCUCCGUGUCCAGAUGGCAAUGCUGAAGGAUGAUGUGGUAGAGGAAGAGCGUCCUGAGGGCCAGUGGAGCGAGUGGAGUCAGCCUGUGUGCUUCCUUUCUCCCCAGCGACCAGGCCUCCUGAUCCCACCCUGGGGGUGGCCAUACCACACCCUUUUUGCUAUGUCCAUCUUUCUCUUGUUGGCUGGGCUGACCUACCUCCUGUUCAAACUGUCACCCAGGUUGAAGAGAGCCUUCUACCAGAACGUGCCCUCUCCAGCGGCGUUCUUCCACCCCCUCUACAAUGUGCACGAUGGGAACUUCCAGACCUGGACAGGGAUCCACACAGCGUGUCCACAGCCAAUCCACAACUGUGUCAACACACCACAAGGAGCCUGGGAGGCCAUCACACUACUCACCUAUAGCCCGGCAUACCCUCGGGGACUGGAGGAGGUGGGAGCCACUGGCCCUGGCCUCCCAGUGUCUAAAAGCUCAGAGGAUGCGUUUCCAGCAGAGUGUGUGGAUUUGGGGGAACAGCUGUCUGCCUACCUGCCACAGGAGGACUGGACCCUCAUGUUUCCUAACAGGCCUGCUCCCCCAGACUCAGAAGGCGACAGCAGCGACUACUGUACCUUGGGCUGCUAUGGGGAGUACCAUCCCUCUGCCUUCCCCAGAAGCAUUCAGAUCUCUGGGCCCAUCUUUGCUGUAACUUGUGGCCUUUCUUGUGUCAAGCAGAGCCUGGAUACCCAGCAAGGAGCUACCUGUGAGGGAGCUGGCCACAAUCAGAGGUAUGGACUACAUGAGAACUUCCAGGGGAUUUUGCUUCCUCCUAUCCUAGACAGGCUGCAGGCUCAGUCCUGA